AAGUUUGGAGGGAAGUGAUGGAAGUGUGAAGCUGCCCCCCUCAGGCAGUGUAAGAGGAUCUGUGCUGACCUCGUGUACGAGGAGAACAAACAAGUCAAACAGCUCUAAAUCAAGGAAGGAGGGAGAGGAUGAUGAAAGGGAGGAGCGAGAAGCUCUGGAGAAUGGAGUGAGAAGGUGGGACCGGCCGGGAGCCUAUUGGCUGCAGGAGGUGUCAGUCAUGUCAUUUCCUCCUCAGCUAUGGUGAGAACUCAGAGGUAGAGGGCAGGAGGGAGUGCAGAGGGAGGUUCCCACACACUGUUCUGCCUGCCUGCCCGUGCCUUCUCUCUAAAAAGUGCACUGGGGUUGAAACUGAAACAGGGCAAGACUUGUAAAAGGAGUGCAGUCUGUCUCUCUCUCUCAUUCUCACGGUUUCCUGUUUACGGAGGCCAUUUUGUUACUCAGCCCUGGGAGUACAGCACAACAAAGUUGGUUGCUUUUGUUUUUCUUUUUUUUCCCCUCCUCUCCCGACUUUACGACCAGGGAGUUUCAUAACCAAGUUUGGACUCUGCAGAGCGACGUCUUUGGACUGAAGAGCUGGAGGCGUGAGGAGGUGGAGCAGGCAGGAGGACAGUUUUGUCCCUCGCUGUGACAUUUUUCCCGUCUCUCACACAAACUCUGCUCAUGGCACUUCACACCCAGACUGUCAGAGACGCCUGACAACAAGGAAAGAAGUGUCAGAGAGGAGGUAAAGGGACUUCCUGGAUGAGGAUCCUCUGGAAGGGGUUCGACUCCAGCCUUGUCUGCUUCCUUUGCUCCACAGUUUGAAUGAGUGUGACUUUGCUGGGAUCCGCACACAGCACCUGAAAAGGAUCAGCCCACACUUCAAAUGGCUAAUGCCGGCCCCUGCUGUACCCCAGGGGUAUCUACUUCAGUCUUUUUUCCUCCUGGGAGCCCCUUGUCACCAAGCCCCCCCAUACCAGUCCCUCAAAUGGUUGGGUUUUCCACAGUGGACCCUACGUUGCAUUGCCCUAGUGACCCUGUGAUUCCCUCACUGCCUCCUGCCCCACCGGGGGUGUCCUUCAUCAUCCAGAUUGGUCUGACCCGAGAAUCUGUCCUGAUGCCCCAGAGCGCUGAUCUGGCUUACGUGAAGCAAAUUGCCUGCUCCAUCGUUGACACAAAGUUCCCCGAGUGUGGCUUUUAUGGCAUUUACGACAAGAUUUUGCUUUUCAAGCACGACACAACCACCAACAACAUCCUACAGCUGGUCAAAGCAACAAGUGACAUUCAGGAGGGGGACCUGGUGGAGGUUGUGCUCUCAGCUGCUACCACGUUUGAAGAUUUCCAGAUUAGGCCGCAUGCUCUCAACGUGCACUCCUAUCGGGCCCCGGCCUUUUGUGAUCACUGCGGAGAGAUGCUGUUCGGAUUGGUCAGACAAGGACUUAAAUGUGACGGAUGUGGACUUAAUUACCACAAGCGGUGUGCGUUCAGCAUCCCAAACAACUGCAGCGGAGCCCGGAAGCGGCGUCUCUCCACCACCUCCCUGAGCAGCAGUCAGUCCCUGCGACUCUCCACCACCGACUCAGUGAACAGUGCAGGGAUGGCUUCCACCUGCGCAGAAGAAGCCAGUCUCAUUCGUUCCAACACACAAAUGCCACGAACUCCAAGUGAAGCACGGCGCUUCUACACAGGGCGACCAGUUCAUCUGGACAAGAUGCUGAUGAGCAAGGUGAAGGUGCCACACACUUUUGCCGUUCACUCCUACACCCGGCCGACAGUCUGCCAGUACUGCAAGAGGCUUCUCCGAGGGCUCUUCAGACAGGGUCUCCAGUGUAAGGACUGCAAGUUCAACUGCCAUAAACGCUGUGUGUACAAGGUUCCCAAUGACUGUCUGGGGGAGACUAUUGGAGAAAACAGAAGUAACUGUGAUAUGAUGAGUCCCACUGCAGACCCGGAAGUUCCUAUGGACUACACCACCGAGUACGACACGUCAGACAAGUCUUCAAUGGACGACUCCGAUGAGGGCUGCAGCAUCCCAGGAUCCUUUUCCCCUGAUAACAACCAGGACGGAACUAGUGGAGACCAAAGUGUUUACAUCCCACUAAUGAGGGUGGUGCAGUCGGUGAGGCAGACCACCCGGCGGUCCAGCACGGCUAUCAAGGAAGGAUGGAUGGUUCACUACACUAAUAAGGACACAUUGAGGAAGAGACACUACUGGCGCCUGGACUGUAAGUGCAUCAUCCUCUUUCAGAACAACACCUCAAACAAAUAUUAUAAGGAGAUUCCUUUGUCCGAGAUUCUGGAAGUGCGUCCUGCGAGCGACUUCACGAUCGCCCCUCAAGGCACCAACCCUCACUGCUUUGAGCUCAUCACAGGCACAGUGCGCUACUUCGUAGGAGAGGACUCAAACGCCCUCUCGUCUGUGGCUCCAACCAAUCCUCAGAUUCUCCCCGAGACGCCUCCGUCCCCCAGCCAGGUGGCGCCCAACAGCGGAAUCGGGCUUGAGGUGGCAAAAGCGUGGGAGGGGGUUAUUCGCCAGGCCCUCAUGCCAGUCAUCUUUCAGGAUGCACCACCGGCUCAGGGAAAGACACCCCACAGACAAGCUUCCAUCAGCAUAUCGGUGUCCAACAGUCAAAUCCAGGAGAAUGUGGAUAUUGGAACAGUUUACCAGAUUUUUGCUGAUGAGGUGCUGGGAUCUGGGCAAUUUGGAGUGGUUUACGGAGGUAAGCACAGGAAGACAGGAAGAGACGUGGCUGUCAAAGUCAUAGACAAGCUUCGAUUUCCCACCAAGCAAGAAAGCCAGCUGAGAAAUGAGGUGGCCAUCCUGCAGAGUUUACGCCACCUGGGUAUUGUGAACCUGGAGUGCAUGUUUGAAACCCCAGAAAAGGUGUUUGUGGUGAUGGAGAAGCUGCACGGGGACAUGCUGGAGAUGAUCCUCUCCAGUGAGAAAGGCAGAUUACCUGAAAGACUCACUAAAUUUCUCAUUACGCAGAUUCUUGUAGCUCUCAGGCACCUGCACUUCAAGAAUAUCGUUCAUUGUGAUCUGAAACCUGAGAAUGUCCUGCUCGCCUCUGCAGAUCCUUUCCCACAGGUCAAGUUGUGCGACUUCGGUUUUGCUCGCAUCAUCGGCGAGAAAUCCUUCCGCCGCUCUGUGGUGGGCACACCAGCUUACUUGGCUCCAGAGGUUUUGUUGAACCAGGGUUACAACCGCUCUUUGGACAUGUGGUCAGUGGGGGUCAUCAUGUAUGUCAGCCUCAGUGGGACAUUCCCCUUCAAUGAGGAUGAAGACAUCAACGACCAGAUUCACAAUGCAGCCUUCAUGUACCCACCCAACCCCUGGAAGCAGAUCUCCAAAGACGCAAUCGACUUGAUCAACAACCUGCUGCAGGUGAAGAUGAGGAAGCGCUACAGCGUCGACAAAAGUCUUAGCCACUCGUAUUUACAGGACUACCAGACGUGGCUGGACUUGCGGGAGCUGGAGACCAAACUUGGAGAGCGUUACAUCACCCAUGAGAGCGAUGACAGCCGUUGGCAACUGUACGCCCGAGAGCUAAACAUGCCCUAUCCUGCUCACCUUGUUCCCCCUCCUCCUGCUGAGGAAGGUGGGGAGGAUGCAGAUAUGCAAGGCCUCACAGACAGGGUCAGCAUACUCUGAACACUCAACUGACUCAUUUUGAAUGGGGAUAGAGGAUUGCUUUGGUUUACCUUAAGACAGAAAUGACAAAGGAUUGGCAGUGGGUUGUAGUAGGAGUCUUACAGUAGGCACCCUAUGCUCAAAUGUGCCACUUUCAUAUUAUAAAUCCAGUUUCUUUUCGGUAAUCUAGAAGUCCUCAGAAUGUCCUUCAACCAUUUACCUCCGCUGUUACAGCUCGUCCUUCAUCUUUUGAACAGCCUGACUUCAUCUGGGAUUUUUUGUUUCUUUUCCUGAGAGAAAAUGAAGUUCAUGUUUGUGUUUUUCACAAGAAAGCAGAGUGGUGUGUUCACUUCCUCUAACUGCAAUCUGCCUCUUUAAGUGAAGUUGGAAACAGCAGCUCACUACAAACCACAAAAAAAAGAGCUGUCGGUGUCUCUCCUCCACAUGUAACCCAACAACAAUGAAAGCUCUUGUAGGCUGAUUAGAAUUGCAAGCUUUCUGACUGUAUGCUGUCAAUAAACAGCUAUGAUAGCCCCCCACCACACCUUUCAGGGGUUGGGGCUCUUUACAUGAGAUUUCCUUUGUGCUGGUAAUUUUAUAAGUAAAUGCAUGUGGACAAAGCCAUCUGUUUUCUCAAAUGCAUUCCCAUAAAUUCUUGUUCUGCAGGAGCCAAAAAAGUGCAAGUUAUUGAUCCGGCAAAACCAGUAAUGUGUCUUAUAGGUUGAAGCCACAAUGGAUUCCUUGAUAAAUGUGUGCUAUUAAAGAUGAAAUUGGGGCAUUAACAGCAUUUUUUUUUUCUUUCAACAUUUUUUUUUUUUUACUUGCAGAUAUAAAAUCCUAGCUGGUGAAAGUGACUUAUAUUGUGCUAAAGGUGCUGACUCUCUCCCAAGUUAGAAAUGAAGUAUUUCACUGAAACGGUUUCAACGGUGUUCAUACUGAAUGGAUAAAGAAUCGCACUUGUCAGGCAGAGUGGAGUUCCUCUUGGGAUCGCAGUGCUUAAACGCACAGCUUGAGUAGAUACAGUUUUUUUUGUUUAUUAAUGUUCCUUUAGUGUCAGAAUGCAGCAUGUUUCUAUGAAGCAAAACUUUCUAGAUAGGUCAUUCAGCAUGGAGUUUGUUAUGCUAUCUCAUUAUGAAACUAUGUAACCAUGUACUUUUCAAUAUGUGUAGAUUGUGUUCAACAGGUUUCAUUGAUGAUCCUGACCUUUACAGUGGAUAAUACAAACUUUCAACACUU